UCGUGCUGCGCGCUGCUAACAAUACCGCGUAAGUAUGCGUCGGCUCGGAAUGAAAAACAAGCGCAGAAAGUCCGAGACGACGAGUGACAGCGAGCCGGAGGAAAAUGGCGGCGCGCGCGCAGCCACCAAUAACGCCGCUAAUGACGGUGCGUCGCAGCAAUCCAGCAAGAGCGCGUCCGAGGACUCGGCCGCGCCGGCCACACGAAAGUCCCCAUCGAAGAGACGCUCGCUGCGCGGCGCACCAGUGCAGAAGUCGGCGGCGCGCGCGGCCGACGACGCUGAGAUGAAGGACGACGAAAUGCCGCCGGAAAACGAGCGAGAGAACGGCGAAAAAUCUGCCGCCGGUCGGAAGCCGUCUCCCAACAAACGCAGAAGGAAGGCAGAUCACAAGGCGUCCACCUCGGCGAAUGAGAAGCCUGGUACCGAGAACGAGUACGAGGUAGAGGAACUCGUUGGUCAUCGUACUAUUAAAGGCCGUCGACAAUUUUUGGUUCGAUGGAAAGGUUACGGGGAUUCUGCCGACAGUUGGGAAAAUGAGAAAGAUCUGAAUUGUCCUGAAUUGAUAAAAGACUUCUUAGCUAAGGACAAGGAAACGAAAUCGCCGAAAACUAAAACCAGAACAGAUAAAACUAAAAAGUCCAAAACUAUUGGGAAAAAACAAGCUGAGAAUGAUGCAGAAGACAGUAAGGAGGGCUUGAAGGAAUUUGAGGUCGAAAGAAUAAUCGAAGUGCACUUUAAGAAAAAUGGCAUGAGAGAGUUUUUAAUCAGGUGGAAAGGCUUUACUGCGGCCGACGAUACAUGGGAGCCGGAAGAGAAUCUAAAUUGUCCCGAACUCAUCGCCAAGUUCAUGCAGAAAUUGGAGAAAGUGAAGACUGCCGACAUGCGAGAACUCAGGACAAAUCCGGCACAUACAAAACGAUACACAUUGUCGACGCGUGAUCAUGGCAGAAGAUUGUCGAAACGUAAUAUGGACAAACAGAGGGCCACCUAUCAUGAAUGCGAUGAAUGAAGAAAGAUAUGGCGGUCCCACAAUAUCUUUAUUUUAUUCAAAGAACCUACUUUAUAUAUAAAUAUAUAGUAAGUAUGCAGAAAAAGUUACACAGCUUCGAUUGUUUUUUAUUUUGACGUAUCUUAUGAAGGAUGAAAGUCUAGUAAUUUAAGUAAUUUUUACUUAACACUUAUGUGGUGGUCGUCUUCUCUUUUCGCGUGAACAGCUGAAAAUUCGUGCAAAAUCGUUAAACAUUUUUGUUAACUUGUGGGAGUUACUCAAGAGGGUGUUCUCUAUAGUACAUGUCAAAGUCGAAGUCAAAGUAAUUGGAGCUGACCUAGCUCCCCUGUAAUCUGUGUAAUUACCUUAGUGUUAUUUGUGACAUGAUAUAUUAUGACAUGUCUCAGAAACUACACGCGACCGCCACAUAGUUAAGUAAAAUUUUCUUAGAAUUUCACCCUCCAUAGCAUGUGCCAAAAUAAAACAAAUUGAAGCUGUGUAACCUUUUCUGUAUAAUUACCAAAUAUAUUUAUAUAUAUUUAUAUAUAUAUAUAGUCCGUAGUUGUACAAGAGAAAGUGGAUGGUUCUUGAGAGAAAGAAAGAAACAAAAAAGAAUAUAUCAAAACAAAUAAUUUGCUAUGUACGGUAUUAGAGAGUAUAAGUAUAAUGUACAUGAUGUAUACACGUCCUCUCGCGAGAAGUCUGAAGAGUCCAUGUGCAGGUGGAAAUGAUGAGUCUCUACCAUAUUGUCUAAUUAGUGACGACAUUUUUUCAUAUAUACUUAUUACACGUAAAUUACAAACGUAAGAUCAGCAAAGUGAAUCUUAUUCUUACUCUGUCGCAACAUUUAUGAAAUGUUAGGGAAGGGGGCAAUAUCUGCUCCGAUAUGACAAGUUUCCCAUGCAUGAAAAUUAAGAGUGUUUGUGUUAUAUUCAGAUGACAAUGAUGCCGCAUUGAUCUUUUUAUGCGCAAACACGUAGCAUGCAUAUAUUCACCGAUUUGAGGUUAACAAAAUAAAUAUUUGAACAUUAUCUGAAAA